AUGUUCUCAUCCCUGACCUCAUCCUCCGCCAUCUCGAACCUAGGCACGCGGCUCACCUCCCUCCGACGAGCCAUCACCCUAGGCGAUGAAGCCGACGACCCAGACAACGAAGACUGCUCGCACAUUUCCAACGUGCUGCGCGCCUACUAUACGGAGAAAGGACGGCCCUUCCCGAACUGGCUGCCCCCCGAUCCGAAAGCGCCAACACCAGCGCCGGCACGGGUCAUCGCGACGACGCAAGUGCAGGCCGGAGGAGCAGCCGGCGGCGGCGGUGGUCCAGCAGCAUCGGCGUAUGGACGCAGCGGAGGCGGCGGAUUGGGAGACUUGUGGGGAGAUUCGGGUUCAACGACGGCGCCGGCCUCGCAGACGGCCAGUCUGCGUCGAGGUCGGUUGACACCCGGCAGUGGUGGAAACAUGGGGGCGCCUCUAGCCGCCACGGCCAGCGCACCAUCGGGGAUGAUUGCAUCACCGCAUAGUCCGUCACCUGGUGCAGGUGUGCCGACCGGGUCAGCGAGACCGCUGCCUAGCCAGCGAGCCGGGUCGUAUCAGACGAUCUCGGGUCCAGUCACAGGUGGAGGAGGUGCAGGUGCAGGGCUAGAGCGAGCGGCGUCGGCUCAAGAGAGACUGCGAGCUAGAUUACACGGGGGCCGGUCUCCCAGUCCCGGGCAGAAUCCGGGCAGUUCGAGUGGUAGUCGGCCGGGUUCGCCAUAUGUUGGAGGGGGAGCGGAUCCUAGUGCACGAAAACCGGUAGGCAUGCCGGGAAGACGAUAA